GUCAAUGGCGAGCCUGUGGGUCGGAUCCUCGAGGAGAACGUGCUGAGUCAGACGGAUUGCGAUCUCCUCAGCUUCGCGGGUUCCUCUGCACUCGUUACGGUGCGGUGGUUACUGUACCUGGGUGCCAAUGCAGAGGUGGCGGAUGGCAACAACACCAGCGCACUUCAUGCUGCUUGCCGUUCAGGUUCGUUGGUCUUGGUGAAACAGUUCAUCAAGCAGACGGUGCUGUUGAACAGUCAAGAUGUGGCUGGAUGGACUCCGCUACAUAUUGCUGCCCAUAUGGGUCGCAAAGCGGUCGCCCUGCGAUUGCUUCAGGCGCGGGCGGACCCGUCCAUCGUGAAUUCACGGGGCCUUAAGCCGGCUGACCUGUGCAAGGACACCGGCACCUACCAGGUCAUCGUGCGAUUUUCGGGCGGUGAGCAGGCAAAUGGCCCUCGACCGUUUGCCCGAGGUGUUCUAGGCGGCUCCUCGCCGUCCCCGGCCAAUGCCUUUCAUGACGAGGAGGCAGAUGAGGCCGGCGAAGCGCUGUCGGAUCUGGUGGGGCUUCCGCAGCAGUGCGAGCCAGAGCUCUUCUUCGUGAACCCAAGGCCUGUUUUUCACCACACCGCGGUGCACCGAAAGGCUCUUUUGUCCCUGGCGUCUGCCAUCUUCAACCUGCAGCCCAGUCAUGGUCUUGCUCUGGUGGUCCUCAUGGGCUUGGAGGAGAGUUACACCGGAGCCAUGAAGGUGCUGCUGAAGCACGGUGCAGUCAGCCGACAGCUGGCUGGAAGCUUUUUGGGCGAGCCGCUUUCGGUUUGCCCGCUGAUUCGUUUUAGCUAUUUUGACGGACUACCGCUGCUGAACACCGGCGUGGUGUCCUGCUUGAGGACCGUCUUUUCUUCACUCGGCAUUCCGCAGGAGCUUCAGAAGUUGGAUCGCCUCCUCUGGGCCAUCGCUAGCGUCUGGUGGCGCAAACACAAGGCUCUCAGAGACAGCGGGCGUGCCGUUGCCAUCAAGCAGCAGCCCAGGGCGAACCAUCUGGGUGCCGAGUUUACUGGGUUGGAGUUGCUGUCCUACUUGUCCAGCCAAGAGGUCUUGUACCAGCUGCUGUAUUCGUCGGUGCUUCUUCACCGGCGGGUAUGGGGAGGCUACAGCAGCGUGCCAUUGGGGCCUAUGGACCUGGAGACCUGGGCCGAGCUGAAUAGUGGCAUCGAGCGCCACGGCGAGGACGACGUGCCCAUGCACGUGCAGACUCGGAUAUUCACAGAUAUCUCUACCUCGCGCGUUCCCGAGCUCUCUGCCUGGGAGAGGGGCAACUUGGCCCUAGUCACUCAGAACGGAGUUGGGGCCGAGAGUAUUCCGGAAGAAGCACUGCCAGGCCCAAUCGGGGCAGCGACAGAUGCUUAUCUUGCGGCCGAGUCUCGCAAG